UGUGAAUUAGACCUCACCUGCUUUGUUUCUGCAGCCGGACCCAACGAGAUUGAAGAAGAAAAGGUACUCUUGUAUCCGCCACGCUCGGGCAUAAGCUAGAAGGAUGAGGCUUCUCGGUCGACUCCGCUCCUCUACUCCUGAGCCUGCCUUUUCCAAUGUGCUCACCCCGGGCCGCAUUCCAGAGUUCUGCAUUCCCCCGCGGCUGCCAGUUCCCGGCGUUCCCGAAUCACCGCUCCCCGCCGCCGCACUGCCUUGGCGCUGCGCGGCCGAGCCCGACCUAUGGCCACGCACGCCUGUCGACUGCGAGGACGGAGACGACGACGGCGCGGGCCGCACCGACUGGGACCCGCGCUCUCAGGCUGCGCUCUCCCUCCCGCACCUGCCCCGCGCGCGCACCGUUUACGGCUUCUGCGCGCUGCUCGAGAGUCCGCACACGCGCCGGAAGGAGUCGCUCUUCCUCGGUCACCCCGGCACCCCCCGGUUGGGACUUCGCCGCCGUGCGCACACCUACGCGUGCCCGCGCCGAGCCUCAGACUCUGAGCUCGCCACCCCACGCGAACUGGACACAGCCCCACCAGCCGCUCCGGUGCCCCGUAAGCGCCGCCUCCUGCGCGCCCCCGAUGGCCUGUUGAGCCGCGCGCUGCGGGCUCCCCGCGGUCGGGCCAGUGCGCGCCCUGCGUCCCGAGGCGACGAGCACGAGCGCGCUGCCUCCUGCGCGCCCCCGGCCCCCACCAGCCCGGAUCCCGAGCGCUUGCAAGCAGAGGCCAACGUGGCUCUCGGCCGCGGGGAUUGCACGCUGCGCCUGGCGGCCGAGUACUGUCCGCGCAGCGCCUGCCUCCGCCUCCGCCUGCUGCGCGCUGAGGGCCCGGCUGCCGCGCUCGAGCCCCGCGCCCUGGGCUGCCGCCUCAGCCUGGUGCUGCGGCCGUCGGGCCAGCAGCGCGCCAGUGUGGUCCGCCGCAGCCGCAAGGCCGCCCUGGACCAGGACUGCUGCUUCGACGGGCUCCCGGAGGAGCAGCUGCGCCGCCUGGCCGUGCGCAUCAAGGCCGAGAGCAAGGGCCGCGGGCUGGAGCGCGGACGACCGCUGGGCCAGGGCGAGCUGCUGCUGGGCUCUCUGCUACUGCUCUGAGCGCCGCUCCCCUGGCGCCCUGGAGACCUAAGGUACCUUGGCCUUGAGAUGCACAGAGACUCUUGGACCUCAGAUACUCAAAGCCUUUUGGACUCUGACAAUGACUUGGCCCUGGGUCAUACACAGCCUUUUGU